AAAAAUGAACAACUUGUUGUGCUCUUGCCUACGUACCAUUCUUAUUUAAAGGGGGUGUGAAGGAUAGGAUUCGAUAUACCAAACAUUGGGCAAUGGCACUUCAAGGCCAUGUCUUUUGGGGACUCUUAGUAGUCCUCACCAUCAACUCAUUGGCUCUUGAGUCAGUAGCAACUAAUAUCUCCUCUUCCUUUAAUCGUACUAGCUUCCCACCUGGUUUUGUGUUUGGAACUGCCUCAUCUGCCUACCAGUUUGAAGGUGCUUGGAAAGACGGUGGUAAAGGCCUAAGCAUAUAUGACUUUUUCACCCACAAAUAUCCAGAUAAGUUUGCGAAUCGGAGCAACGGAGAUGUGGCACUUGAUUUUUAUCACCGUUACAAGGAAGAUGUGCAACUAAUGAAGUUUAUGGGAAUGGAUGGUUUCAGAUUCUCAAUAUCAUGGACGAGACUUCUACCUAAUGGGAAGUUAAGUGGAGGAGUGAACAAGGAAGGGGUUGCCUUCUACAACAGUCUCAUCGAUGAGCUCAUAGCAAAUGGUUUGAAACCCUUUGUCACAAUUUUCCAUUGGGAUCUCCCCCAAGCCCUUGAAGACGAGUAUCUUGGUUUUCUAAGUCCCCGCAUUGUGGAUGAUUUUACGGACUUCGCUGAGCUUUGCUUCAAAGAAUUUGGAGAUAGGGUAAAGCAUUGGAUCACAAUGAACGAGCCAUGGACCUUCAUCGAUAAUGGUUAUAACACUGGGGCCCUCGCACCAGGCCGGUGCUCGGCCUGGAUGAACAACGAUUGCACGGGGGGAGAUUCGGCUACUGAACCCUAUAUUGCUGCACACCACAUGCUUCUCUGUCACGGAGCUACGGUCAAAAUCUACAAGGAGAAAUAUCAGGCAUCUCAAAAGGGCCAGAUUGGGAUUACACUGGUGACUUACUGGUUUCUUCCAUAUUCCAAUUCCAAGGCCAAUGUCAUAGCAGCUCAGCGGGCCCUCGAUUUUAUGUAUGGAUGGUUUAUUGACCCAUUAGUCUAUGGUAAAUACCCAGAAAUCAUGCGUCAAAUCGUCGGAAAAAGGUUACCGAAAUUCACUCCUGAGCAAGCUAAGUUGGUGAAGGGUUCCUACGAUUUCAUCGGCCUAAAUUACUAUACUGGAAACUAUGCAGCGAAUGAACCUUCUUCGAAUAGUGUCAAUGUUAGCUACUCAUCUGAUUCUAUGACUAAUCAAACAACGGAGCGCAACGGGGUACCAAUUGGAAACCCGACAGGGGUAAGUAUCUUUUACAUCUUCCCAAAAGGACUUACGGAUCUUCUAAUCUACACAAAGAAGAAGUAUAACGAUCCGGUUAUUUACAUUACAGAGUGUGGCAUGGGAGAUUACAAUAACCAGACAACCAAAGUAGGAGUCCAGGAUUAUCUGAGAAUAUAUUUCUACCGUCGCCAUCUUGGAGCCCUCCAAACUGCCAUCAAGGCUGGUGCGAAGGUGAAAGGGUUCUUCGCAUGGGCAUUUCUAGACAACUUUGAAUGGGGAUCUGGUUACACCCUGAGGUUUGGACUUGGCUACAUUGAUUACCACGAUAACCUCAAACGAUACCCCAAGCGCUCAGCACUUUGGUUCAGGAAGUUCAAUCUCAAGUAGCAUUUGGACUAUCCUUAAUUAUCCCAUCUUAUUUUCUACUAAUAAGUGGCAUUUGGUCCAUCAUGUCGACGUACGCUUAUGAUUUGAAAGUCACUAUUUGAUUGAGUUACUAUUUGAUUUUGUUGAUUUACAUUUGUCUCUGCAGAAAAUUGAAUUGUUAAGAGUACUAUUUUAAAUA